GCAACUCACUUUCGGUGAGUACUGUGUGUGUGUGUAUACUGUCAUUUUGCAAGUGUGUUUCUUGUACACACCAUUUAUAUGAUCAUGGCUGUCAACAACACUACAAUAAUGGACAAACCCAAUUCCGAAAACUCGUGUACUCAACCGAUACAGUUGGACAAUGCCAUUGAAAUGGUUGGUUUUGGAAAGUUUCAGUACUACAUACUGUUCAUAUGUGGCUCACUGUUUGUCAUGUUCGCCGUCAGUGUUACAUCGGUAUCGUUCAUCUUGCCGUCGGCCCAAUGUGACUUUGACAUGACUUCCACGCACAAGGGUCUGCUGAACGGGGCUUCGAUGGUAGGAAUGUUCACGGGAUCGUUCAUUUGGGGUUACUUGGCCGAUUCCAAAGGCCGACGGUACACGUUGAUCGUCAGCACUAUGAUGGACGGUCUGUUCAGUCUGGUUUCCGGCAUGUCUCAAGCGUAUCCGUUGUUUUUGUUCUGCAGGUUCAUGAGUGGAUUCGGGGUAUCCGGCGUCACAGUGCUGUAUUCUUACUUGGGCGAAUUCGUCAACGCCAAGUAUCGCGAAAAAUUCCUCUGCUGGAUGGAAAUGUUCUGGACCGCGGGCAUCAUAAUACUUCCCUGUGUGGCAUGGCUAGUGAUACCUCAGACGUUCAAGAUAGAAUACGAUUACUUCCUGUUCAAGUCUUGGAAUCUGUUUGUCAUCGUGUGCUCUGUGCCGAGUAUUGUGCUGGCUUGCUUGCUGAUGCAAAUGCCGGAAAGUCCGAAAUUUCUGCUCAACAAAGGCAGACACGACGAGACAAUCGAAUGUCUAAAGGUGGUGUACGCGUGGAACAACAAAACGGGACUUGACCAGUUCCCGAUAAGUUCGCUGGAAAUGUCGGGCUACGUUGAACAGGAGAAGACCGGUUUCUUAAAAGGCUUGUGGGCCAGCACAAGAGGGUUGUUCACAUCACAGUACAAAGUCAUAGCCGUCAUCACUUGUGUUAUACAAUUUUGCGCCACAGCCAGUUACUACAUGCUGAUAAUGUGGUUUCCAGAGCUGAUGAACAGGUUCCGGCAGUACGAGACCGCCGCCAAGCCGGGCUCGCCCCGGGCAAACAUGUGUCAGAUAGUGUCCAUGUUCCACAGCAAAUCCAAUGAUCUGACCACCGAAUGCACUGACACCAUUGAUCUGUCGGUGUACGUCAAUAUCGUCAUCAUCGGUUUUGCUUGUAUCCCGACAAGUCUGGCCGUACCCAUGUUCGUCAACAAGUUGGGACUGAGGUUUUUCUUAGUGGUCAGUUUCAUGGGCUCGGGUAUAGCAGCGGCGUGUCUGUACUUCAUCACUUCUUCCGCGCAAAAUCUAGCGCUUUCGGCCGUUUUCGAAGCGCUCUCCAGUCUGGGCAUAAGUCUUAUGUACUGCAUUUGCGUGGAGCUGUUCCCGACAGAGCACAGGGGCAUGGCCGUGUCGAUAGGUGGAACGUUUGGUAAGAUUGGCGCACUUCUGGGCAACGUCGUGGUUGGUGUGUACAUCGACGCACACUGUUUGAUCCCAAUUGUGGUUUCUGGUGCGUUGUUGAUAAUUUCAGCGCUACUAGUUCUGGCGUUACCGAAAACCGGCAGAGACAACUUAAAGUAAACUAAAUAGAUAUUGCAAUUAUUAAUAAUUAAGAACAUACUUAUUGAUACUCAAUUUGUCGUGCAAAUCAAACGAGUGUAAAUUUACUUUUGAUGUAAUACAUUUACGUUAUGUUUAAGUGUUACAAGUUAUAGCUAAUACUAUAAUUUUGACGUAUAAUUAGAUGUUGAUUAUUUUGUAC